GUCACGGUCGGUCUAAGGAGACAUUUUAUGCCGAGUUUGUUAAUUAUCGAAAUUUUCUAUACAAGCUUAUUAAAUGUUCUUUCAAACACGGAUGAUAUUUCAUUAUUUAUUGUGUAGUUAAUAUCUUUAAUAGUAAUGGUUGUAAAACUGCGUUAAAAUUACAAGCAAUCUUUCAACGAAGGUUUGUUUACUGGUCCUAACUCAAUAGCAGAAACCUAACAUCACACAGUUUGCUUACGAUGGCAGCUGAUCACUUUUGUUUGAGAUGGAACAAUUACCAAAGCAACAUGGUGUCUGAAUUAGAUAUUCUGCGAACUGAAGAAUAUUUAGUCGAUGUUACAUUAUGUGUAGAAGGUCACAAAUUUAGGGCUCAUAAAGUUAUUCUGUCUGCAUGUAGUCCAUACUUUCGGAAUGUUUUCAAGGAAAAUCCUUGCGAGCACCCUGUGGUAAUAUUAAAGGAUGUCUCUCCAGACGAUGUUGAAGCACUCCUAAGUUUCGUCUACCAGGGAGUUGUGUACGUUUCCGAAAAAAAUUUGAAUUCUUUUUUACAAACAGCUGAGCUAUUGCAAAUCAAAGGUUUGGCUGGAGCAGCCUCUACUUUUAACGAUGAACAUGCCAAACAUGCGCUAGCGGCUAGUCAACAAAGCCCCGUUAAGAGGAGGAAAGGUGCACCGGUUAGAAUAGUCAAGCAUGAGGAUGGAGAAGACAAUAAUAGUAACCAAACAGAAGCCGACGACGACUCGAGCAGGAACGAUUUUGGAGAAGAUACAAUAGAAGAUAUGAAACAGGAAGACGAAGAGGGUUCAAUUGGGGAGGAAUCUGAAGUAGAAGGGAAUGGGACCAUGGGAGAGGGUGCCGCGGGAGUCUAUUGCAGCUCAUCAGUCGACAUGAGGGACAGCGAAGACAAGGAGCAGAGGAUAAACAGUCUUCAGAGGCCUGACACCCUUCUGCACCAGGCGAUGGCUGCCAGGCAGCAGCAGCAACCUCAGGCAACCAUAAUACCGGGUCAGUACCAAGUGCCAGUAACCACAGGAAAUCAAGGAGCGAUUCCAGAUUUUCUCUCACCUCAAGGAGGCGGUGAUAGGAACGGUAAGAGACCUUGCCCGCUGUGUACCAAAGUUAUCUCUAACAAAUCCAAUCUUCUGAAGCACAUGAGGAUUAGGCACAGCGAUGCGUACAACCCCGCGUGCUGCAUGCUCUGCAACAAGGUGUUCAAGAACAAGUAUAGCCUGCGCGCUCACCUCAACAUCUACCAUAAGGAGUACAUUGCACCGCCGCCCGGGGUUCAAGGGGGCCCGCAGGUAGUACCACCCCCGCAGCCUGUCCCCAUGGUCACUGACCACCAGCUCGCUCCGCCCCCUCAACCGCAAUAUCUCUCAGGUGUAUAACCUUUUUCCGUUGAUCUGUCCACUCACUGAUAUUGUUAAAUCUCAUUUUUAAAGACUUAAAUAUUUUUAUUCUGAUACACAAGAAUAUUUUUUCUUUAAAAUGGGUUUUGAGAUGAGUACUUGUGUGUUUUAAUCUUUUUUUUUUUUUUUUAAACCUGACAUUGUCAAUUUAAUAGUUGUUUUAUCUAGCAGUUAGUCCAUUCAAUUAUUUUUCUUGUACCUCUGCAAUAUACUGUAAGUAUAUUUGAAAUGAUUGCAAUUUAAAUAUAAUUAAUCACCUAUUUAAGUAAUAAGAGUAAAAAAAAAAAAAAAAACUUCAGUGUCAGAUUUCCUCUAAUUUUAUUAAAUCGAUUGUAGUUGAUCAUCUUGUGUUGCAUUUCAUAUAUUUAUUGUCGUGACUUAUAAUGAUUCGCCACCCAUCCAUCUUUACUCGUUACAUUGAGGUCAAUAAAAGUACUGAUUUUCUCUUCAGCAAUACUCAUGCAAUGUUUAUUCUCUCUCUCUUUUUUUGUUUAUAUCGUACAAUAUAAUAUAUUGUAUGCUAUUUCAAGUACCCAACAUUAAAGUACUUUUACUAUAUG